AUGGAGGACAUGGACUUUGAAAGUGAUGGGCAGUAUGUUGGAUUCAACAGCAGACCCUGCACGCCUCAGCCUUGUGCGAAAGGCAGAGGUAACCAGUCAGAUCUGUCCGAUAUGGAUGUAGACCCAAGCUCUCCGACAGCACAGUCAUCAACAUCAUUUGAGCAUAUCAACCAGGCUUUGAAAUCGCUGCUGUCAUUUAAUAAUUUUAGCGACGACACAGAUAAUUAUGCACACCAUAGUGCUGAAAGAAGUGUUCUGCAACCUACAUCAGAUCCUUGCCAGAAAAGCAAGAGCAUGCCAUCGGUGUGCUAUGAUUUCAAAAAGUCCUUGAAACCUGCUGCCAGUGCCGUUCUCGCCACUUCUCGUUUCAAAAAUACAAAAGCUGGAUAUACAGAUACCACUGAUGAUACUGUCUGUGGAGCAGUAAAUAGCCAACCUCCUGAAAUCAACUCUUCCAUAAGGCAAAGACUUCAUGUUGAUGACAAACUUUCAGAGGCAAAACAGAUCCAACUGAAUUCUUCACCUCCUGGUAUCAAGAAGCACAAGGGCAAUCAUUCACAUGGUAAUCAAGAUGAUCCGGUGUCACCAAAGAGUGAUUCUAAAAGAUGCUCUUUAUGCUUCAUCUCCAUGUCAAUUUUAAUAAUAUUACUGCUAUUUUUGGUCAUUGUGUACUUUGGAACACUUAAUAGCACUGAGAAUUGUAAAAUUAGCAGACAUUUCAAUAAGCAGGUUUUAAAAAUUGAGCUUGAAGCAAAUGUUUUUGGACAACACCUUGCAACGAAAAUUGUACCAGAUAAAAUUGAAGAAUACUUCGGCAGAUUCUAUGACAACAGUUUACCACAAGAUGUGCCAGCAGAAGAAUCAGAAAAUGUAAAAUGGUGCAAACCAUUGGUUCUCUCAUUUGAUGGCUGGACAGGUGUUGGCAAGAAUUAUAUUAGCAAAUUUAUUUCUGAAGCAUUUCAGUAUUCUACUGUUAUGAAUUAUGUAGUGCCUUAUAAUUUUCCCCAUCAGGCUUUUGAAGAUAUGUAUCGUCUGCAGAUACAGGAGUGGAUUCUGGGUAAUUUUAGUAAGUGCAAGGUUAACAUCGUUGUCGUCGACGAAGUAGAUAAGGCCUUCCCUAAAGUGAUUGAAGGUUUAGUGGCGUCCAUAAAAGAACUGACUCGGCCGUGUUCGUCUACAAGUCCGACCAUUUUUCUCCUGCUGUCCAACACCCACGGCAGUGAUAUCAACCGAAUAUUUGUGAAGUUUCUCCUGGAUUCACCCACAAAAAAACGUGAGGAAAUAUCUCAGGAACACUUUCAUUCAGUCUUUACUUCAGAAUUCAAUGACUGGGCUUCAAAACUGACAGACACACAGUUGAUUGAUGCAUAUGUACCAUUUCUGCCUUUGGAGAGAGAACAUGUGAUUCAGUGCAUUAAGAAAGAUCUGGUAUCCAAAAGGUUUUCAACAGAUCUAGGGACAGUGAAGAGAGUGCUUGAAGAGUUGAGCAUCUCCUCGUUUGGUGACAUUCAGAUCUCCCAAACAGGAUGUAAGAGAGUGGCGGACAAAGUAGAUCUGGUUAUGUUUGAAAAGUAA